UUGGUGCGGGCCGCAUGAAUGAAGCUCUGGGCGUAAGGCAAAGCCUGGCACUGUCCGCGCGGCGGGUACCUGCUCCCGAGCGCUAGUGCGGGGUGUGGGCCGUGCGCGUGCGCGCUCGGAAGAGGCGGGAGACGAGUGCACCAGGCCGUUGCUGGCGCGUGGCCGCUGAGGUUGGCAACUGCGGCGGCGGCCAAGCCGCGCCACUGACCGUUGGGUGCCUGCGGGGCCUCCCGCCUCGCCUGGAGCUGCGGGCAGCCGUGGCGGCCGCCGGGGACGGAAAGGGGCGGAAGAAGGGAGGAGGCCGGCCCCGGCGCACGGAGGAGCCGCCGAGCAUGCCCCGAGACAACAUGGCCUCCCUGAUCCAGCGGAUCGCCCGCCAGGCUUGCCUCACCUUCCGGGGCAGCGGGGGCGGCCGCGGUGCUUCCGACCGCGGCGCGACGGCGGAACCCGAGGCGCCGCUGCCGCCCGGCUUUCCGGAGAACCUCAGCAAGCUGAAGAGCCUGCUGACCCAGGUCCGCGCCGAGGACCUCAACAUCGCCCCGCGCAAGGCCACGCUGCAGCCGCUGCCGCCCAGCCUGCCGCCGGUCACCUACAUGCACAUCUACGAGACGCACGGCUUCAGCCUCGGCGUGUUCCUGCUCAAGAGCGGCACGUCCAUUCCGCUGCACGACCACCCGGGCAUGCACGGCAUGCUCAAGGUGCUCUACGGUACCGUGCGCAUCAGCUGCCUCGACAAGCUGGACGCGGGCGGGGCGCAGCAUUCGCGGGCCCCGCCGCCCGAGCAGCAGUUCGAGCCGCCGCUGCAGGCCCGGGAGCGGGAGGCAGUGCGGCCGGGCGUCUUACGAUCGCGGGCCGAGUACACCGCAGCCAGCAGCCCCUGUGUGCUCACGCCGUCCCGGGACAACCUGCACCAGAUCGACGCGGUGGACGGGCCCGCCGCCUUCCUGGACAUCUUGGCCCCGCCGUACGACCCUGACGACGGCCGAGACUGCCACUAUUACCGGGUGCUGGAGCCAGUCAGGCCCAAAGAGGCCUCUGGUUCAGCCUGUGACCUGCCCCGAGAGGUGUGGCUCCUGGAGACCCCGCAGGCCGAUGACUUCUGGUGCGAGGGGGAACCCUAUCCGGGCCCCAAGGUCUUCCCUUGAAGCCACAGAUGCUGUCCGUGUGCCCAGGUUGUGCCCUGUCCUCAUGGGGCCUGCUGCUCGCCACCCACCCACCUCAAGGGCUCAGUCGUGCGUGCUCUCUGACCCUACCCUGGGCGUCGGAUCUACGGGAGUGACCGCAACAGCGUCCGUGGUAGUCGUGGAAAGCGCGGGCUCCAGGACAGCAGCCGUGGGCACGGUUAUGGGGGCGGGUGGGCGGGAGGCUGGGUUGGGUUCUGGUACUUUCACUGCCCGCAGGGAUUGGGGACUGGGGCCGGGAAUCUGAAGGGCUUCCAUCCUAAAGCCAUAUGAGAAUAUUCUUCCUUUGUUAUCCAUGCUAUACAAAAUACACUAAACGGUUUUACCCCAACCCCAUUUGGUAAAUAAGGGUUUGUUUUCACUUCUUCCUUUGCCACCUUUUCCUCUUCACAAUUAAUUUAUUGACUUCUUGGCCAAAUGGUUUGAAUUGGUUUUAGUUCAAGUCAUUGGUUAAAACUAUUUUCAAAAGAUGCAGCUUUUAGAGUGAGCUCUCUGGUCGCAGCUGCCCUGCGAAAAUUAAAUCAUCUUUUCAGAGUUCUGGGAUCACUCUGAAAACGUAACUAUGCAUGUGGAGGACAAGAUUUAUUUUCUUUGCUCAGUCACCACAUCUGGUUUACUCAGGCAGCCUCUACGAAAAAGUUUGAGCACCUGCAUUUCUCAGUGAGAGCUGCUUCCUCAGAGCUUAUCUGCCCCAUGAAUCUCCAGAUUUGUGAGUCGAGCAGAUUUUUUAUUGUAGAUUCAGCUUUAAUGCAGACACUAUAUUAUCCUUAAGUGACUGUUUUCUUGUCCUGCUCUACUUAUAAGAGAUGAUAGUGUAAUUCUGUGUUUUCUAACCAAAAUCAGAGCUCAAUCUGUCAUGCUUCCAAACAACUGAAUGUAAAACACCCCUAGCCAACUGUUGAAUUCCACAUGCCUGUUGACUUCUAAUAUCUUCCUAUAGAAGUAGAAGAAAACCUGUUGGUGACUGCUUCACACUGUCCCAGGAGCCAGGGGGCUGUGGUUCCCCGGGGUUGCUCCUGGUGUUAGCCCUCUCCUUCCAAUGGGAGAGCAGGUACUUGUUUCACCAGCUGUGUUUUGUGGGAAGAGGUAGAAGGCCGAGAGAAUCAUGGAGCUGGAGAGCUGGGAAUUGACUAUACUGGUAGGCACUGUAACGCACAGAAACUUGGGAUGAAACACUUCCUGCUUCCCACUCCUGAAGCAACAGUUAUCUGUCAGGUUAAUUUUUGUCCUUAUUAAAGCUGAGCAACUUUACCCUGUUUGCAGAUGUACUAACACGAUUUGCUUCAGGCCAGGGAGUGUUGUUUCCCCCUUUUUACUGUUUAUAGGAUUACAUUUUUUCAUGAAGCUUGUCAUAAAAACAAGCAGUAGAAAGAAACAUGCUGAGAUUUACGGGGAUGGUAUCUGAGCCCUUUUGGUGGAUUUGUGCCUGUGGCAGUUCACCUCUGUCUGUAACAAAGGAAAAUUUACUAGUAUUGUCAAUAGUGUUUGCUGCCCUUGGGGGAAACUGCAACUUGCCUCUGACCACACUAGGUUUCCGAGACCCAGGGUGAAGGAGUAUUAGUUCCCAGCUGUUAGUACCGAAAAGCAAGUUCUUUUUAAUAAGAGACAUUUAUUCUGCAUGACAUGCCACCGAAGACUUGUUAUAAAACCUGACAUAGGUGUCAUACCAAGCCUUUCCUCCAGGGUUGCAGAAAUUGUCAGCACAGCCUCACACCUUGGUGAUUCCAGAGGCCUUGGGCGUGGUGGCCUGUGGCUUUUCAUGCCACACAGUUUGAAAACAAAUUCUAGAUAUGCAAAUAAUUUUCUUACAGAACUUCAUAAAGUAAUAUGUUUAUGUUUUUUAUAGCACAGUACUGAAUGUGCAAUUAUUAUUGGUGGGUCACACCUUUUAAAAUUGUAGCAAAAACUUUAUUUACAAAGACUGUUGAUAGUAAUAUGUAUGUUAUAGUAUAAUCGAGUAUGUUAAACUAACUCUAAAGAAGCAUCCUGGAAAUAUGACAGUAAUAAAGAACAACUUUUUAUGAAAGAUUGUGCUACCCAAAAAAAGUAAUAAAAGUUCUCAAUUCUAAGCUAUUUGGAAGGAAAAGAUCGGGGUGCUUUUCAGAAGUGACUGAAGUUGUUCAGGCCAAAACAGCAAUACAUCCUUCUAAUUUAGUCCAGUAGGAACAGUGAGAUUUGGUUCUCUAGUAAAAUCUGACUAAAUUAAUGCUGAAAACAAAAUGUAACUUGUUUUCAUGAGCCAGUACAGAAAAAGUAUGCUCAUUAGAAAGACAAAAUGGGCUACGGAAACCGCGCCUCUGUGCAUCAAGUGUGAGCUGAUGGACUUGUGCUGCUGCUUCCUUGUCCUGCAAUGCGGAUUUUGUUUUAGUUCCUGUGGGUGAAAGUCAUUUUCUCCUGGGAAAGACUAAUGAGCACAAUGGUAUUAAUCAUUUAAUUUUUUCAUUGAAUAAUAAAUGCAAUAAUUGCCUCUCAAUGGA